UCAAACUCAAUCUCAAACUUAAACUCAAAAUUUGACUUGAGAUUUUUUUUUGACUCAGUUGAAAUCCGACUCAAUUUGGUGAUCACGAAAUAUUUUGAGACCGUUCUCAGCCGAGUUUUAAACUCAGUCUCAACUAUUAUCGAUCUGCAUUCGCGUAAGCGGUUAUAUUCCGCUAAAUACUCUUCAACUGGAAGAUGAACCGCGAGCUUAUGUCAUCAUCGGGGUCGUCUGUGGCCAAAACAACGCAAAAUGAACGAGUUGAAGAAGCGCUCGAACAAUUGGACCGAUUCAGAGCGGCACUCCGCUCUGUCAACAAUACUGAAUCAACAUGAUUCACUUUUUGGAAAGUUCAAAGGGGCCACUCUCGGAAAUAAGGCCAAGGAGGCCAAAUGGGAUGAGAUCGUAAUGGAAAUAAAUUCCUGUGGUGGUACACGCAGAACUGUGGAAGAGGUCCGGAAGAUGUACCAGAACUCAAAGCAACGGGCAAAGGAGAAAUUCUUUCGCAGCCAAAAGACUGGGGGUGGACCUGGAGAGCAGUUUUCAGCAUGCGAUAAUUUGCUUCUAGACAAACUAAAGGACACAAAUGUUCUGACUGGCAUUGCUGGCGGGGUUGAGAGUGGGUCCUACUCAUUCAUCAUUGAGAACGAUCAUGACAGCUCUCAACCUGGAACUGGUGCAUGUGGCAGGAACAAUGAAAACAUUACAUCUGCGGAAUGUAUACAGACUACAAGUACCUGUGCAAGUGGCAGUGCUUUGAUGUCUUCGUCAACAGAUGAAGUUCCAUGUGUAUUUGCAGAGAAAAUGCAGAGGAAAUCUCGAAAACGAUCAACUGAUGUGGACGAACUGUAUGAGCUGGAAAAGAAGAGAGCUAGAGUAGAACUGCAGUUGGCCGAGAACCGAGUAGCCCAUGAGAAUGAGUUAUUUGAACUGAAAAAAGCAAUACUUGAAAAAAACCUUGAACAAGUGUUUAGCAAUAGUUCUAUCAUACCAUUUAAUGAAUUGUAAACCCUUUAUUUAUUCAAUUUUCUGUAAAAACAAUUGUAAGUCAUUGAAACUGUUAUAGCUAUGUUAUAGUCAUAUAAAAUAAAUUAAAAUCUUAAGUUUUAAGAAUGGAUGUAGUGGACCGACUGAUCGCUCUUAAUCAUUAAGAUUUUUAUUCCAGUCAUAUUACUGACUAAGAAUAUAACCACGUUAUUAGAGACAUUUUAAAAGUAAAAUGACGCAGGAAUUGUGUAGUGGAUGAGUCGGUGGCAGUGUUGUCAGCUUUUAGCAACUGCAAAAGAUUAAUUUUUUAAUAAAUAGGCAUAGAAUUAAUGAUUACCUGUCAUCAGUUUUAUUGGCUGUAAAUGUAGGUUAUGUUCUAAUUUAUCUAAUUAUAGUAUCAAUACACUUAUUUUUACGACUAAAAUUGAAAAGUCUACUGAAUUUGUGAAUAUCAAUUAUUUAAACAAAAUUAUUUGCAAUAUGUCAUUAGUUCUUUGUAUGUAUUUGUGUUCAUAUAUUCGAGAAUUCAUCUUGUAUUACUUUGCUGAACAUGAUGUUCAACACAAAAUAAUGUGAAGAACUUUGUUAUCUAUAGCAUGUGAACAGUGAAAUGAAAAGCUAUAAUAGUGUACACUUUAGAAACAGUUAAACAAGUAGCUAGAAUGGUAUUUCCAUUUAAUUCUUUGAUACUAUUCAGACUUUGCCUUAUGCCAUAGUCCUUUCACAAGCAGCAAAUACAACUUUAACAGUAUCAAUGAUUAUAUUCAAGUUUCAGAGAUGACUACCUUAUCAUGCCUAUCGAAAUAUGUGUAUGGCUACUGUUGUCGUUUGGAUUGUUGGUGGCAAAAUUGCAACCAUUUUAGAUUAAGUUACUUUUUUGUAUUGAAGCUAUUGAAAACAAGAUAUGCAUUUCUUUGAACAGGAUAGUACACCACAUCUCCCUCUGUUGUACUGAACAUGUGUUGUCAAGCAAUGUUAUAUAAACCAUAUGUGGAGCAGUUAUACAUGUCAAGACUGAAUGUCAGAAUUGAUAUUUCUUUUUUGUAUGCCAGGGAAUUAUUAAGUUGUAAAUGCAGUGUUUUCAUGUGAAUUCACUUGUACAGAUUGUCAUUUUUUGUGUAGUCUUGACUGCUCCAUUGAUAUGAUUCUGAAUUAGAGUUUUAUUCUGCAAAGGAUAUUUGUUCAGAUAAGCAAUUAUUAACUUGAAAUUUUGUUAAGAAAUGUUACCAUGGAGACCAAUCACUGUUUUGCCAUGACUUAAAUUGUGAUUGUUAAAGUAAAAGCUGUCUAUAUUUUAAUGUCAUAUAAUCAAAGAGAAAACAUCCAAAGUAGUGCUAAGCAUCUUCAUGCUUGAAUUCUGACAGUAUUGUGAGAUACUGUGGAAAUCAAUGGCAUUGGAGUAAAUCAAUUAGAUUUUAUUGUUUAUUAUUAGUACCUCAAAACUGAUAUUUUAAUGGUUAUGGGCUCAUACUAUUCAUGUAUAUUGUGCACUUAUGUCAUGUACAUUUUGAGAAACUUGAAGAAAUUGAUGUUUGUGACAAUUGUAAACCCUAUUUCCAUAUGAAUUAGUGCAUGUUCAAUAGCCAUACCGAACUGUCAUUGUCAAGUAUAAGCAUAUAUACACCAUUAAACAAUACACUCCAAAAAAUACCGAUUCUGAUUCGAAUUAGUUUGAUGUAAAAAUAUGAUAUGCUUAUAUUUGUUCAAAAUAAUUGAGUUAAACGUAGUUAUAUUAUUGUAUCAUCGAUGUUUUAGUAGUGGUUUUUCUCCUGCUAAAUUAAAGUAAAUUUGUAAAUAAUGUUGUUAGACUGUAUUUUCCGUCUUUAAACUUUGAAAAAUAAAUACAAACGCAAGUACAGUUCGAAAUGAAA